CGGGAUUCAAGGGAACGCCUUGCAGACUUUAUAAACCCCGCUAUCACCACAGAUCAAGCAUCCAAUAUGGUUCUCAAGAUUUACGGUAUGACCGUCUCCACCUGCACGCGCCGUGUCGCGACAGUGUGCAAGGCGCUCGACAUUCCCUACGAGCUCAUCGGGGUCAACUUCGCUGUGGCCGAGCACAAGUCCCCUGCGUACCUUGAGAAGCAGCCCUUCGGACAGGUGCCCUACAUCGACGACGACGGAUUCAUCCUGUUCGAGUCUCGCGCUAUCUGCCGUUACCUCGCGCUGAAGUACGGCAAGGGCAAGCUGAUCCCCUCCGAUCUCCCUGCCCUCGCCAAGUUCGAGCAGGCGGCCUCCAUCGAGACGUCCAACUUCGAUGCUUUCGCGUCUGUUAUAGCGGCUGAGAAGGUCUUCAAGCCGAUGCAGGGCUUGACGACCAACGACGCGCUUGUCACCCAGCUCGCUGCUACUCUCGAGACUAAGCUCAACGGUUACGAAGCGAUCCUCAGCAAGCAGAAGUACCUCGCCGGCGACGAGCUCACUCUCGCUGACCUCUUCCAUCUGCCCUACGGCUCCAUGCUCGAGCCUUGCGGAUUCAAGUUCCUCUCUGACACCGCCAAGCACCCCAACGUCGCCAGGUGGUGGAGCGAGAUUUCCUCCCACCCUGCUUGGCUCGCCGUCAAGGAUGGUGCAUAAGAAUUUGAGUACAUCAAAUAUCUUGUGCUCUGUUGGUACGACGGUUGUAUUUGGUCGCGUUGAGCAUGUACAAUGUAAGAAUGAAAUAACUACGUUGCGAUCUGCAUCU